AUGGCUGGUGAUUCUCAAAGAUAUUCUCCCGAGGGUCCCAAGGAUGGUUUUCGAUGGUACUUUUCUAGAAAGGAGAUUGAAGAAAACUCACCGUCGAAACUAGAUGGCGUCGAUUUGAAGAAAGAAGCAUACCUACGAAAAUCAUAUUGUUCGUUUCUACAGGAUUUAGGAAUGAGACUUAAAGUACCUCAGGUAACUAUUGCGUCUGCCAUAAUUUUUUGCCAUCGAUUCUUUCUUCGGCAGUCCCAUGCAAAGAAUGACCGAAAGAUCAUUGCUACAGUUUGCAUGUUUCUUGCUGGGAAGGUUGAAGAAACUCCCCGCCCUCUAAAAGAUGUUAUUAUUGUUUCAUAUGAAAUUAUACACAAGAAGGAUCCUGCAGCUGUUCAGAGGAUCAAACAAAAGGAAGUGUAUGAACUGCAGAAGGAAUUAGUUUUACUUGCAGAGAGGGUUGUUCUUGCAACUCUUGGUUUUGAUUUUAAUAUGCAACAUCCCUACAAACCUCUUGUUGAGGCAAUAAAGAAAUUCAAAGUUGCUCAGCAUGCCCUUGCUCAAGUUGCAUGGAAUUUUGUUAAUGAUGGACUAAGGACAUCUCUUUGCCUGCAAUUUAAUCCCCAUCACAUUGCUGCUGGAGCCAUAUUCCUUGCUGCAAAGUUCCUCAAGGUGAAGCUCCCAUCAGAUGGGGAUAAAGUUUGGUGGCAAGAGUUUGAUGUCACUCCUCGCCAGUUGGAGGAAGUUAGUAAUCAAAUGUUGGAGCUAUAUGAACAAAAUCGAACAGCGCCAUCCAAUAAUACUGUUGAAGGACCUGCAGGAGGUGGCAAUCAGGGAACUGCAAAACCUCCAACAAUCAAUGAUCAAACCGCAACCGCAAACAGUAAUUUGCAUACCAGAGCCUCAAGUACCAGACAUGAAACGUCAAAACCUACAAUAUCUAAAAAUGUUAUUGAUCCGUCUGCUAAUCAUGUUUCUGCAAGAGGUCAUGGUAAACAUGGGGAUUAUGGGACCACAGAAAUGACAGACAUGGCAGAAGUUGAUGCCAAAUGCAAUAAACAUCCAGACCAGAAACUUGCACCAUACAAAGAGAACUUUCCGGAAGCUCAGGAGACGGGGGGAUCACAAUCAGGUUCAGAGAAAGACUUAGAAACCAAUGGUCAGAGAAGUGACCUAAAUCACAGAGAUGCCGCAUUUGCCCGCCCCCCACAGGAAGUCAUUAAAAAAAUUGAUAGAUACAAGGUAAAAGCUGCCUUAGAGAAGCGAAAGCAAGCAGCUAUAGCAGCUAAUCAUAUAACUAAAAAAACCGAGUUAAUGGAUGAAGAUGAUCUGAUUGAGAGAGCAAUCGAAGAUGGAGUUGAAUUGGCUUCUCAGAAUAAGAAGAAUCAACUGGAUAAGUUUGAAAGCUUGUCUAUGCCCUUAAACAAAUCAGAUUAUGAGAAUAUGCAGCAUGGAAAGCAACAAGAUCACGCAGACGAUGAUCUUCAAGGGCUGAAGGGCAUGCCACCAUGUGAAACAGAUCGAACUGCCGAAGAAGGGGAGCUUUUUACACUUAAUGACAUUAACCUUGGGGUUCAAUUACCCAAGUCAAGCAACAAGAGAAAAGCAAGGACCUCUCCUGACAGAGUGAAGGAAGGGAAAAAACUGCAUGGUUACAGUGCGGAACCUCCCCACCAUAGCCGCUUUGAUUAUAUAGAAAAUCGAAACAAGUUAUACCAACCCGGACAUUCUGAGAGGGACAGCAAUUGGCGUGUACAGUAA